UCUGUAUAAGAUUUAAAAAAAAAAUUAAAAAGAAAACAAAGAAAAAGGAAAAGUAGCCAUCUUAAGAAGCAAAGCAAAGCAACUGAUUAUCAAUUUUGUUUUGGAGAGACAAGAUUUUUUGGUUUAAAAAAAGAUGCCCUUGUUCAUCAAGUUAAGCACUUUCUGUUUUCUUAUCUCUUACAGCCAAUAUCCCACUAUUCUCUUUUUCUUUUCUUUUUAAUUUUUUUUCAAUUGGGCUCCAAUUGAUUAAUAUGGACUCGUAUCUUUUCUAUAGACCUUCAAAACACUCUUCUUUACCCUACCCUUUCACAUAAUGUAACACCAUACCUACCUACUAUACACCAAUGGCCAAGAAUCAGAAACUAAUAGUUGAAGUUGUGGAUGCUCGCAAUCUUUUACCCAAAGAUGGCCACGGUACUUCGAGUCCAUACGUUACAAUCGACUUCUAUGGGCAGAGAAAGCGGACGCAAACUGCUAUACGUGAUCUAAACCCAACAUGGAAUGAAGUUCUUGAGUUCAACGUGGGCAAGCCGUCAAAUGUGUUUGAUGACAUUCUUGAACUCGAUGUUUGUCAUGACAAGAAUUAUGGCCCAACCAGAAGAAAUGUUCAUCUUGGAAGAAUAAGGUUGAGUUCAGGCCAGUUUGUUAGAAAAGGUGAAGAGGCUCUGAUAUAUUACCCUUUGGAGAAGAAGUACUUGUUUAGUUGGAUACAGGGUGAAAUCGGGUUAAGGAUUUAUUAUCAAGAUGAAGCGAUACCACCACCUCCUCCACCUCCACCAGCACCCCCGGCAGAGGAAGCAAAGGCUGACGCAAAUGCAGGGUCAUCACCAGCGGAAGAGAAGCUAUCAGAAACUGCACCAGCAGAAGGCGAAAAGUCUGAGAAGCCACCGGAAUCAGAGACCACAAAAGAGCUUGAUAACAAAGAACCACCAAAAGAGGAGCCACCGGCUGAACCAGCGGCAGAGGCGCCGCCUGCAGAUAAUGCACCAGCUCCUAUUCAAGCUGAAAAACCACCAGAAUCUGAUCCUCCACCACCACCACCGACACCGCCACCAGCAGAGGCAAAGUCAGAAGCAAAUGAAAGUCAAGGGGAUCCAUCUGCUGCUCAAGCUGAUGGUGAUGACAUUGUUUUGGAACCCACAGGAAAUAAUUUGGGUCCAAGUCCAACAGCAUCACCAGAAAUAAUGGCAGCAUCAGUAUCUGGAUCAGUGCCAGAAAUAAAAGUAGCAGGAAUCAACGCUCCACAUCCAAUCACAAGACCAGCAGCCCCAACAACAAACUACAUAUUGGAACCACAAGAAAGUAUUUCAAUCGAACGAUCAUCAUUUGAUCUGGUUGAAAAGAUGCAUUACUUAUUCGUUCGAGUAGUUAAAGCUAAAGGGCUACCUACCAAUGGAAAUCCAAUUGUAAAGAUCGUAGCUUCAGGCAAUCGAGUUCUCUCUAGACCAGCAAGAAAGACUGGGUUUUUUGAAUGGGAUCAAACUUUCGCAUUCGGCCGCGAUGCACCGGAAUCCUCCUCCAUCCUUGAAGUCUCGGUUUGGGACCCACUUUCUAUGGACCCCAGAAAACAAUAUGACUUGGCAGCAGGAGGUGCGAAAUUCCUAGGUGGGAUUUGCUUCGAUGUCACGGAAAUUCCCUUGCGGGACCCACCUGACAGCCCGUUGGCCCCACAGUGGUACAUGUUGGAAGGAGGUGAAACCCACAACAGCGUCAUGCUUGGAAAUCUCAUGCUUGCCACGUGGGUUGGGACACAAGCUGACGAGGCAUUCCCUGAUGCUUGGAAAACAGAUACAGCAGGUAAUGUGAAUUCAAGGGCCAAAGUUUAUCUCUCUCCUAAGUUAUGGUACUUAAGGGCAACUGUGCUUGAAGCCCAGGAUAUCAUCCCUGUGGCCCAUAUAAAAGAAUCCUCUUUUCAAAUAAAAGCCCAGUUAGGAUUCCAAGCCCAAAAGACGAAACCUACUGUGACACGAAACGGUAACCCGUCGUGGAAUGAAGACUUGCUGUUCGUCGCUGCUGAACCCUUUAGCGACCACUUGAUUUUCACUUUGGAAAACCGGCAACCUAAAGGACAUGUAACCAUCGGGAUUGCCAGAAUACCUCUUGCUGCAGUCGAAAGGCGGGUUGAUGACAGGAAAGUGGCGGCACGAUGGUUCAGUUUUGAAGAUCCUAAGAGUGAAAAGGUAGCGUACAAAGGCAGAAUUCAGUUGAAGUUAUGUUUCGAUGGCGGGUACCAUGUAAUGGACGAGACGGCUAAUGUAUGCAGCGAUUACCGGCCAACUGCAAGGCAGCUUUGGAAACCACCAGUCGGCACGGUUGAGUUGGGUAUCAUUGCGUGCAAGAAUUUGUUACCUAUGAAAACAGUUGACGGUAAAAGUUGUACAGAUAGUUAUUGUGUAGCCAAAUAUGGUCCGAAAUGGGUACGCACGAGAACUGUAUGUGAUAGUCUGGAUCCUAAAUGGAAUGAGCAGUACACGUGGAAGGUUUUUGAUCCAUCUACUGUGUUAACUAUUGGCGUUUUUGAUAGCUGGGGAUUGUUUGAAUCAUCAUCAUCAUCAGGCGGUGAGAAAACAGCCACGCGUCCUGAUUCUCGUAUUGGGAAAAUAAGAAUACGUAUAUCUACUCUGGAGACGGGUAAGGUGUACAGAAACUCAUAUCCAUUGAAUUUAUUGAGCAGCAAUGGAGUGAAGAAAAUGGGCGAGAUAGAGAUAGCAGUAAGAUUCGUACGCACAACUCCGACGUUGGAUUUCUUACACGUGUACUCCCAACCUUUAAUGCCGUUGAUGCAUCAUAUAAACCCAAUAGGGGUGGUCCAGCAAGAAAUGUUGAGGAGCACAACUGUGAAGAUCUUAGCCACUCAUUUGUCGAGAUCAGAGCCGCCACUGCGACGUGAGGUUGUGCUUUACAUGCUUGAUGCGGAUUCGCACGCUUUCAGCAUGCGGAAAGUACGUGCCAAUUGGUUUAGAAUCAUCAAUGUGAUUGCUGGAGUGCUGGACAUCGUACGGUGGAUAGACGACACCCGUGUGUGGAAGAAUCCAACGGCUACUCUGCUCGUGCAUGCAUUGCUUGUGAUGCUGGUGUGGUUCCCUGAUUUGAUUGUCCCUACAUUAGCAUUUUACGUGUUUGCGAUCGGUGCCUGGAAUUACAGGUUUAGAUCAAGGGACCCGCUACCUCAUUUUGACCCUAAGAUCUCAUUGGCUGAUUCGGUGGAUCGCGAGGAGCUGGAUGAAGAAUUUGAUACACUGCCAAGUAGUAGAUCAGCGGAUACAGUGCGAGCAAGGUAUGAUAAGUUACGCACACUCGGGGUAAGAGUGCAAAAGAUAUUGGGAGAUUUGGCGACGCAAGGUGAAAGGGUGCAAGCAUUAGUGACAUGGAGGGAUCCAAGGGCGACAGGGAUAUUUGUAGGGCUGUGUUUUGCGGUGGCAAUGAUACUAUACUUGGUGCCAUCAAAAAUGGUGGCAAUGGCAUUUGGAUUCUAUUAUUUCCGCCAUCCUAUCUUCCGCGAUCAAAUGCCAUCGCCAGCAUUGAACUUCUUCAGGAGGCUUCCUUCACUAUCGGAUCGAAUUAUGUAGGUUUUGAUUAGAAUGUAUACGUAUCUGGAUCCUUAUAGCUUAUUUUUAUUUUCUUUCCUUGUUUGUAUUCUAAAAAAAAAGAGAAAACACUUCAAAUAAUUGUAGAAGAAUAAAUUGCAGUGUUAUAUGUCAAGACUUAAGAGUUGGUAAUAAUGAAAUUGCGCAUUAGGAACUAAAAUAGAUAUAUUGGAUAAAUAUUCAAAGAA